AUUGAUUGCGGAGUUUCAGUAUUGAAUUUUUAUCCCCCUUACACUAAGUAUUGGCCGUCCGCCAGACGUAAUAUUCCCCUCUUAAUCGUACUAAUGUAUAAGCCCGUCCCACAAGUACAAUCCAGCAAUGAAGGUGAAGAUUCUGAGAGUGAGUUGUUUAAUUCGUCGACCCUUAACUUGGAAGAAAAGUCUCCCCAGUAUGAACGUUCAAGGGGAGUUUCCCCUCAACAGCAAAUGGAGCAGCCUCCCAUGUCAAGAGGAAGAAAAAUUGCCCUGGCAUUUUCAAUAAUUAACUGCAUUGUAUUCAUUAUCCUGUUUCUGUGGAUUCUGCCCUGUGAUUUUGACACAUGUAAAGCUACACCUGAUGUGAAAACCAAAGAUUGGGAAGUGAAACUUGUUGGGAAAGGAGUGCAGGCUAUGGCAAUGGCAUCUUCACCAACAAGCAGAUUAAAGGAAAUGGUGAUUUUGCUAAGCAGUGAAACUAGUCACUUAGCUUCUACUCCCUAUUGCUUCAGUAAUGAAUCCAAUUCUUUGCUUGGCAUUCGUGCUGCAGAUGGAAAAUUAGUUUGGGAGAAAAAUUUCACAGAUGCAAUUCAGUACAUCAAUUGUUCCCUAAUUGAUGUCAAUAAUGAUGGUGUUGAUGACUGCCUAUUGUUUCCUGUAGCAAAGAGUCUCUCAUCGUUGAACUCGCUAACUGGAGAUGUAAUAUGGGAAUUCCAUUUUCCUCCAUAUGAUCUUAAAACAAAAGAAGAUUCUGGCUUACAAGUGCUUGAUAUCGAUGCAUUAGCUGAUCUCGAUAAUGAUACCAUUCCAGAUCUUGCCAUCAUAACAAGUGAUUCGAAGAUGAAACUUUUCAUUGGCCUAUCGGGCAGAAAUGGAGAAUUACUUUGGCGAUUCCCUUUAAAUACAAGCUGUAUAGCAAUCGGCCAUUCGAUUUCUAUUACAUACGUUAUGUCUAAUCCUUGUCUGAAAGAGCCUCCAGAUUUUGAUAGGAAGAACAUAACUGGCCGAUUUCUGGCAUAUGGACGAUCAUCCUCGCCAACGAAUCUUCCUCCAUGUCUGAAAUGUGAUGCGCUCACCAAUGGAAUUCCCAAAACACGAUAUUUAUUUCAUCGAAGCGCGAAUGAUUUCUUAGUUAGAGCUGUGGUUGACUGCUCUACCUUAGGAACCACUGUGAAAAAGACAAUUCUUGAUAUUUAGUACUAAAUCUCUUGGGGUUGAAAUUUCGCAGAUUUUUUUCUAUUUUCGUUGUGGGUGUCUGUGGGGGAGGUGCCCCAGAUUCUCAAAGUUUCAUCCCUCCACUGAAACGUAACCGGUAAAAGUCAGAUAUUCAUUAUUUAAGGAAACUUCAUUUGAGAUCCCCCCUUCCCAUGCUGAUGCUAGUCUUUAAGCUUUUUUCCGUUUAAUAAAAGAUAGAAAAUUC